CGCAAGGGGGCGUGGCAGCAUCGGUGGGCGGGGCCGCCUGUAAGAGAACGCGGCUAAAGGUGGGGCCAAGCGUGCGGCUUGCUGCGCCUGCGUGAGGAAAAAGGUGGGGGGGGGGGGGGGCGUGGCUCCAGGCCGGAAGAGGGAGUCUGUACGGGCGGGCCGGUUGGCGUCCCCUUUCCGGCCGGUCCCCAUGGAGGCGCUGGGGAAGCUGAAGCAGUUCGAUGCCUACCCCAAGACUUUGGAGGACUUCCGGGUCAAGACCUGCGGGGGCGCCACGGUGACCAUUGUCAGUGGCCUUCUCAUGCUGCUACUGUUCCUGUCCGAGCUGCAGUAUUACCUCACCACGGAGGUGCAUCCUGAACUCUACGUGGACAAGUCGCGGGGAGAUAAACUGAAGAUCAACAUCGAUGUACUUUUUCCGCACAUGCCUUGUGCCUAUCUGAGUAUUGAUGCCAUGGAUGUGGCUGGGGAACAGCAGCUGGACGUGGAACACAACCUGUUCAAGCAACGACUAGAUAAAGAUGGCAUCCCCGUGAGCUCAGAGGCUGAGCGGCAUGAGCUUGGGAAGGUCGAGGUGACGGUGUUUGACCCUGACUCCCUGGACCCUGAUCGCUGUGAGAGCUGCUAUGGUGCUGAGGCAGAAGAUAUCAAGUGCUGUAACACCUGUGAAGAUGUGCGGGAGGCAUAUCGCCGUCGAGGCUGGGCCUUCAAGAACCCAGAUACUAUUGAGCAGUGCCGGCGAGAGGGCUUCAGCCAGAAGAUGCAGGAGCAGAAGAAUGAAGGCUGCCAGGUGUAUGGCUUCUUGGAAGUCAAUAAGGUGGCUGGAAACUUCCACUUUGCCCCUGGGAAGAGCUUCCAGCAGUCCCAUGUGCACGUCCAUGACUUGCAGAGCUUUGGCCUUGACAACAUCAACAUGACCCACUACAUCCAGCACCUGUCAUUUGGGGAGGACUAUCCAGGCAUCGUGAACCCCCUGGACCACACCAAUGUCACUGCGCCCCAAGCCUCCAUGAUGUUCCAGUACUUUGUGAAGGUGGUGCCCACUGUGUACAUGAAGGUGGACGGAGAGGUGCUGAGGACAAAUCAGUUCUCUGUGACCAGACAUGAGAAGGUCGCCAAUGGGCUGUUGGGCGACCAAGGCCUUCCUGGAGUCUUCGUCCUCUAUGAGCUCUCGCCCAUGAUGGUGAAGCUGACAGAGAAGCACAGGUCCUUCACCCACUUCCUGACAGGCGUGUGUGCCAUCAUUGGGGGCAUGUUCACAGUGGCUGGACUCAUCGAUUCGCUCAUCUACCACUCAGCACGAGCCAUCCAGAAGAAAAUUGAUCUAGGGAAGACAACGUAGUCACCCUCGGCGCUUCCUCUGUCUCCUCUUUCUCCCUGGCCUGUGGUUGUCCCCCAGCCUCUGCCACCCUCCACCUCCUCGGUCAGCCCCAGCCCCAGGUUGAUAAAUCUAUUGAUUGUGAUAGUA